CAUUUCUAUUCCGUACGAUUUCAACAGCAAAAAGUGGCUGUCCUCCUUUUUUUUCUUUAUGCAGUCUCUCCAAGAGUUGAGCUGUGCGGGGAUAAUCAUAGAUCUGUCAUCCCCAAGUAGGAUCGGUUUUUCAUCAAUCAUACUCUACUUCGCCUAUCAGUGAAUUGUGAAGAGAAAGUUGUGAAGUGAUGGCGAAUCGGAUGAAGGAGGAUGAAAAGAAUGAGAGAGUUAUACGGAAUCUUCUUAAGCUUCCAGAGAAUCGACGGUGUAUUAACUGCAACAGUUUGGGACCUCAAUACGUUUGCACGAAUUUCUCGACUUUUGUCUGCACAACCUGUGGUGGAAUACAUCGUGAGUUCACACACAGAGUUAAGUCUGUAUCUAUGGCUAAAUUUACUCCACAAGAAGUCAGCGCCCUUCAGGGAGGCGGGAAUGCGAGUGCCCGAGAAAUUUAUCUAAAGGAAUGGGAUCCUCAACGUAAUUCUCUACCUGAUGGAAGCAAUGUUGAGAGACUACGUGACUUCAUCAGGCAUGUCUAUGUGGAUAGACGAUAUACUGGGGAGAGGAACAUGGAAAAACCAUUAAAGAUGAAGAUGGCUGAAACUGAAGAUUUCAAUAGCAAUAGGAGGACAGACACCUACCAAGGGGGUUUACGAAGCCCUCAUAAUGAUUCCUUUGAGCGUCGCCACAGUGAUAGGCCCAGUCCUGGUGGAAGAAGUCCUGGAUAUGAUGAAGAAAAUCGUCAAAACAGUACUUACAGAAGUCCUAACCGUACUGAAGUUGUUAAUGACUGGAGACGGGAGGACAGGUUUGGAAAUGGGAGGCGAUCAGAAGGCAGAAGUUCUGAUGGUGGUUCGAAAUUUGAAGGUGGAUCUCCUGAUAGUCAAAGCCCUCCAGUGGUUCGUCCUGUAAGAGAUAUCUUAGGAGAGAAUGUAUCUCCCCUUCGAGUGAUUGAACCUCCAAAGCCUGCUGUUGGAGGCAAGUCAACUGAUGGGUCCCACACACAAAGAACUGCAUCCUCAAGUAGCAUGGCAUCAUCUGAUGUGAACCCUGCUGAGAUCAAAGUUGAAGCUUCUUUUAUUGAUUUUGAUUCAGUUCCAGAACCCCCGAUAACAGCUCCUGUGAACAAGCAAGUGCCUGUUGCUACUUCAUCUGUGCAACAGACGGCAUCUAGUGGUAAUGACUGGGCAAAUUUUGAUUCAGCGCCUCAGGUCAAAGCAUAUGCUGCAGCCUCGAACUCUGUGGAAUCUGUACUUUCUGAGUUGUCAAUUACAACGCACACUCCUGGCCAUGCUGCCCUUGGAAGUAAUUCUUCAUCGUCAGGGGCUCCUCCUGGUGGUGCUGCAAUGGUAUCCUCUGGUCAACCUCCACAACAAAUAUUACAUACUGAGGGAUAUACGCUGCAAAAUACUAAUGCUCCUACUACCACUGGACCGUGGUCUGCUUUGUCUCCUCAACAAGUUGUUACUCCAAUUAUUGGUGGAUCCUUGACUAGCACGGCAUGGAAUACGCAUGCACCAAAUGCCCACAGACCCCAAGUUGAUACAUCUUCUGUUGCAAAAGUGGGUCAAACUGAAAACACUUUUUCCAUGGGAACCUCGAUUGGAGUUUCAACAGAAUCUUCCUCAGAUGCAAAAUCUGGUGGGAGGAAGGCACUUCCAGAGGAUUUAUUUACAAUGAAUUACCCAUACCGUCAACCUGUUCCUGGCUGGUAUUCUGGUUCUCCUUACGUUGCUUGGUAUCCAAUGCGUCAGGACAUAUCAAUGCCUAUACCUAGUUCCCAGCCAGUACCAAGAUCCAUGAACCCUUUUGAUGUUGGGCAUGCACCUUCUUCAGUCCAACAAUCUGCGUUUCCUUUGAUGGUACCGUUACAAGGCGUGAUGCCAAGACCUGCAACCGCAUCUGCUCAAAUGCCAUCAUAUCCAGCUGCAGUUCAACAGAGUCCAUUCAUGGGACAAGAAAUGGCCCACGGGGUAACUCCAAGGCCACAAGGAUCAUAUGGCUUCAGCAUGGCUGAUCAGUCGAUGUUCACCCCUCAAAACCCAAAUGCCCAACUAAGCGGAUUCCAUCCAGCCCCCUCCACUUCCAGCAGCUUCACUUCUGCCACCGGAAACCCGUUUGGCUAAAGCCAAGAAACCGAAGAGCAUAAGCAACGAGCAAAGCACUUACCUGUUGCUUUUUUUUCUUCCUUUUAUUUUGUAGAUGAUACCGUAAUUGUUACUGCAGCACAGGAGAGUGGUAGAGAGUGGAGUCUGGUGCAAUCAGAACCAGAUGGGUGAAAAUUCAUUUUUACGGAGAAGCUGGCCGGCCGGAAUGCGAAAGCGAAUGAUGAAGGUUUGUAUGUUUGAGUUGAUUGGGUUUCCAACUUUUAUGUAUCAUAUAUAUAUCAUAGUCAUUAAUAUGCUUUUUUCUAGGCUUCUAUUAAUUGUGAUGUUGGUGUAGUAGUAGUAGUGAGUGUUGUUUCUCCGGUCCAAGUUGAUAUAAUAUAGUUGAUAAGGAUAUCAAUCAAUAUUUUGCUAAUUCUUUUUGUCCGCACUGCAAGUUUUGAAUAAAAUUUGGUAAUGUGUUUGUUAAACUAAA